CGCCGGACCCACCGGGCGGCGGAGCGCGGGCGGCGGGCGAGCCGAGCGCGGCGGCGGCGGCGGCGGCGGGAGCGCAGGGAGCGGGCAGGCCCUCGGGGACCGCCGGGGCGCCGGAGCCCGCGCGCCCUCGGGGACCCGCAGCGCCCGGGGCCGUACCUGCAGCGCCGGGGGCCGGGGCGGCGGCGGCGGCCCGGACGCAGGGGGGACGGGUGGCCGCAGGCACUCGGGGAGCAGGAGGAGCCGGAGCCCGGGCGGCCGGGAUGAGAAGGUGACGCCGCCGGGGGGCGCCACUCGCUUUGUGGGGGAAGAUGCUCGCCUACUGCGUGCAGGACGCCACCGUGGUGGACGUGGAGAAGCGGAGGAACCCCUCCAAGCACUAUGUAUACAUCAUCAACGUGACCUGGUCUGAUUCCACCUCCCAGACCAUCUACCGGAGGUACAGCAAGUUCUUUGACCUGCAGAUGCAGCUUUUGGAUAAGUUUCCCAUCGAAGGUGGACAGAAGGACCCCAAGCAGAGGAUCAUACCCUUCCUCCCAGGCAAAAUCCUCUUCCGGAGAAGCCACAUUCGGGACGUCGCGGUGAGGAGGCUGAAGCCCAUCGAUGAGUACUGCCGGGCGCUUGUCCGGCUGCCUCCCCACAUUUCACAGUGCGAUGAAGUCUUUCAGUUCUUUGAGGCCCGACCCGAAGAUGUCAACCCUCCGAAAGAGGACUAUGGCAGCUCCAAGAGGAAGUCAGUGUGGCUCUCCAGCUGGGCUGAGUCUCCCAAAAAGGACGUCACAGGUGCCGACACCAGCGCCGAGCCCAUGAUCCUGGAACAGUACGUGGUGGUGUCCAACUAUAAGAAGCAGGAGAACUCGGAGCUGAGCCUCCAGGCCGGGGAGGUGGUGGAUGUCAUCGAGAAGAACGAGAGCGGCUGGUGGUUCGUGAGCACCUCUGAGGAGCAGGGCUGGGUCCCUGCCACCUACCUGGAGGCCCAGAAUGGUACUCGGGAUGACUCAGACAUCAACACCUCCAAGAGCGGGGAAGUGUCCAAGAGACGCAAGGCCCACCUGCGGCGCCUGGAUCGCCGGUGGACCCUGGGCGGGAUGGUCAACAGGCAGCACAGCAGAGAGGAGAAGUAUGUCACUGUGCAGCCUUACACCAGCCAGAGCAAGGACGAGAUUGGCUUUGAGAAGGGUGUUACUGUGGAAGUGAUCAGGAAGAACCUGGAGGGCUGGUGGUACAUCAGGUACCUGGGCAAAGAAGGCUGGGCACCAGCCUCCUACCUGAAGAAAGCCAAGGAUGACCUGCCGGCUCGGAAGAAGAAUCUGGCAGGCCCCGUGGAGAUCAUCGGGAACAUCAUGGAGAUCAGCAACCUGCUGAACAAGAAGACAUCGGGGGACAAAGAGACUCCCCCAGCCGAAGGCGAGGGCCCAGAAGUCCCCAUUGCCAAGAAGGAGAUCAGCCUGCCCAUCCUCUGCAACGCCUCCAACGGCAGCGCCCUGGGGAUCCCCGAGAGGACCGUCUCCAAGCUGGCCCAGGGCUCCCCGGCCGUGGCCAGGAUCGCCCCUCAGCGGGCCCAGAUCAGCUCCCCCAACCUGAGGACAAGGCCUCCACCUCGCAGAGAAUCUAGCCUGGGGUUCCAGCUGCCCAAGCCACCAGAGCCCCCUUCUGUGGAGGUGGAGUACUACACCAUUGCCGAAUUCCAGUCCUGCAUUUCUGACGGGAUCAGCUUUCGGGGUGGACAGAAGGCAGAGGUCAUCGACAAAAACUCGGGCGGCUGGUGGUACGUGCAGAUCGGAGAGAAGGAGGGCUGGGCCCCCGCGUCCUACAUCGACAAGCGCAAGAAGCCCAACCUGAGCCGCCGCACGAGCACCCUGACCCGGCCCAAGGUACCCCCGCCGGCGCCCCCCAGCAAGCCCAAGGAGGCCGAGGAGGGCCCGGCGGGCACUGCCGAGAGCCAGGACUCCCCGCUGAAGCUCAAGUACGAAGAGCCCGAGUAUGACAUUCCUGCCUUUGGCUUCGACUCGGAGCCGGAGCUGAGCGAGGAGCCCCCGGAGGACAGGGGUUCGGGGGACAAGCGCCUGGCCGCCCAGCCCCGCAGGCCCUCGCCGGCCUCCUCCCUGCAGCGGGCCCGCUUCAAGGUGGGCGGCUCCUCCGAAGACGUGGCCCUGGAAGAGGAGACCAUCUAUGAGAACGAGGGCUUCCGGCCCUGUGCCGAGGACACCCUGUCCGCCCGGCGUUCCUCCCGGGACAGCGACUCCCCAGGAGGCUCCCCCCUGUCCCUUGCCAGGAAGAACUCCCCCAAAUCGGACUCCCCCAAAUCAUCCUCGCUCCUCAAGCUCAAGGCGGAGAAAAACGCCCCGGCGGAACUGGGGAAGAACCACUCCUCGGCCUCCUUUUCCUCAUCCAUCACCAUCAACACCACCUGCUCCUCCUCCUCCUCCUCCUCUUCCUCCUUGUCCAAGCCCAGCGGCGACCUGAAGCCCCGCUCUGCCUCGGACGCAGGCAUCCGCGGCACCCCCAAGGUCGGAGCCAAGAAGGACGCGGACCUGAAGGCCGGGCUGGCCUCCUGUGCUCGGGCCAAGCCGUCCGUGCGGCCCAAGCCGUUCCUGAACAGGGCGGAGUCCCAGAGUCAGGAGAAGAUGGACAUCAGCACUUUACGGCGCCAGCUGAGGCCCACGGGCCAGCUCCGGGGGGGCCUCAAGGGCUCCAAGAGCGAGGACUCGGAGCUGCCCCCCCAGACAGCCUCCGAGGGCCCCAACGAGGGGUCCAGGAGAGGCUCGGCCGACCUCAUCACCCUCCCAGCCGCCACGCCCCCGUGUCCCGCCAAGAAGGGUCGGGAAGGGCAGGCCGCCUCCUACGUGACGUGUAGCGCCUACCAGAAGGUCCAGGACUCGGAGAUCAGUUUCCCCGCGGGCGUGGAGGUGCAGGUGCUGGAGAAGCUGGAGAGCGGCUGGUGGUACGUGAGGUUUGGGGAGUCGGAGGGCUGGGCCCCUUCCCACUACCUGGUGCUGGGGGAGAACGAGCCGCCGGACCCCUUGGGCAAGGAGCCGGACGCAGUCACCACCGCCAAGGGCAAGCAGAAGGAGGGCAAGUCGGACAGCCUGGAGAAGAUCGAGAAGCGGGUGCAGGCCCUGAACACCGUCAACCAGAGCAAGAGGGCCACGCCGCCCAUCCCUUCCAAGCCGCCCGGGGGCUUCGGCAAGACCUCGGGGGCCGGCGCGGUGAAGAUGAGGAACGGGGUCCGGCAGGUGGCCGUGCGGCCCCAGUCGGUGUUCGUGUCCCCGCCGCCCAAGGACAACAACCUGUCCUGCGCCCUCCGGAGGAACGAGUCGCUCACGGCCACCGACGGCCUCCGGGGCGUCCGCCGGAACUCCUCCUUCAGCACCGCCCGCGCGGCGGCCGCGGAGGCCAAGGGCCGCCUGGCCGAGCGGGCCGCCAGCCAGGGCUCGGACAGCCCCGUGCUGCCCGCCCAGCGCAACGGCAUCCCCGUGUCCCCCGUGCGCCCCAAGCCCAUCGAGAAGUCCCAGUUCAUCCACAACAACCUCAAGGACGUGUACGUGUCCAUCGCAGACUACGAGGGGGACGAGGAGACCGCGGGCUUCCAGGAGGGGGUGUCCAUGGAGGUCCUGGAGAGGAACCCCAACGGCUGGUGGUACUGCCAGAUCCUAGACGGGGUGAAGCCCUUCAAAGGCUGGGUGCCCUCCAACUACCUGGAGAAAAAGAACUAAUGGGGGCAUGGGUCCUUCCGGCCUGGGUGUGGAUGAGUGGUGAGACGUAGACAGUAGGGAAAGGGGAGGGGGGAGGGGGGAGGGGGGGAGGGAGGGGGAGAGAGGAGGGCAACAUUAAACCCUGCCGAAGGUGUGACCUCAAGGACGCUCGCCUCCAGGCUGCCCCUGGCUGGGAGGGAGGGUCUGGUGGGGGCCGCCUUGAGCAGGAGGCCUGAGACCAGAGGUGAGACGGCUGAGCCCCAUGUGUGCCCCCUGGGGACUUCACUGAUGGGCUCAGCACCAUCUGGGACAGGCCAGUGGGAAGCCCCAGUUGUGCCUUGGCUGCACAUCCGGCAAGGAUGUGGUCCUAGGGGCCUCCGUGCCCUGCCCCAGCCUCGCCCGGUUCCAGUGGCUGGCAGCUUGUCACCAGGGGUGGCCCGGGCAUCCUCCUCACUGCAGUGGCGAAUUGUGCCAUUGGUGGGGAUUGUAGAAGACGCCUCUGGCUUUGGGCUUGGAGGCAUCUCCUGCAAGCUCAGCCUGUCCCCGGGCCAGGCCGCGGUCCGCGUCUGUUAGUUUAAGAAAAAGCAAUUCCCCAGGUGCCAGCAAGGACCACCUUCCUUCACUGUCACCGACCUUGAGAAUGGCUGGGCCACGGAGACCCACCAGCCCCAUUGACAGAGACGGGCAGAGCUGGGGGUCUCUCUCAGGCUGCACAGACUUUAUUUUGGAUAUCUCUGGGUGGGCAGUUUCUUUGCAUGUUUUGGGAGAGUUUUUUUUUUUUUUUUUUUUUUAUUGAUUUGGGGCUUCUUGGUUGGGCCCUGGGUUUUGGUCUUAUUUUAAGGGUUGUUUGGGGGCCUGAGGACGGUCAGCCUCGCAGGGGACGGGAUGGGGGUGGGUGGGCUUUUCUGCCACACUCUUGUGGGAGGUUGGUUGGUGUUUGGGUCUCACAUGUCCCCCCUCCACAAGCUGGCGUCGUUUCGUUUGGUUUCCACUGUGUGGUCAGUGUCUGAUGGGGUUGGGGGCCGGGAAGCCCCUGCUCCCAGACCGCGAGGCACUCACCUUAGGGGGCGCGCCCAGCCCCGGGGGGAGGAGGGCCUCGUUCAGGAGCGAAGGCGGCUCUCGGGCUGCUGGGUGACCGCCAUUCUGUGCACAGUCUCCCGCCCGGGCAGGACCGAGAGCCUGGGCCCCCGGGCCAGACGGGAGCAAACACCACCAGCCUGCCGGCGAUGCCACGGGGACCAAGGAGACGGAGGACCCCAGACCAGGCAGGAGCCCGCCUGGUCGUCCCGAGGGGCAGCGCCCCCGAGAAGAGAGAAGCGAGAGAAUCAAGUCCCCGUCCUCUUGGGGUCUUUCGAUCAUUGACGUUUCCGAGGGGACCCUCCAGGAGCCGGGCGGCUCUCCGGGGACUCGCCCUUUGCUGGGAGUGGAUUUCCACACGUGCCUUUGACUUCGGACAGGUCAGGCUUCACGGCCGCCGACUCCGCUGCCAGGAUCCUGGACAAGGGUUGGUGUUUGCUCCCUCCACCUGCUUCCCACCCAGGACGGAGACGUUGCCUGAAGAGGAGCAUGGGACCCGGGUCUGGUGCCUUCUGUGCCCCUUGCGCCCCCUCCUGGCCGUCCUCCUCCCCUCCACGGAAGCCUGGCAGCUAACGCCAACUGCUCGUGUUCUCUGUUCAAGGGCCGUGGUGGUGAGAUCUCGUUCCUUUUUUGUUUUGUUUUGUUUUUGUGAGUUUGUUUAAAAUGGAAACUUAGUUAUUUUCUUCUGCUGGACAGUAUUAAAUAGAGCAGGAUGUUGAGUUAAUCUGCUAGAUGGCAGUACUAAUGGUAGUGGUUUUAGUGUCUUCCUAUUAAUAUUAUUUGGACUUAUGUUGAACAAUAAUGAUAAAGAAGUGGUUCAUUAUUUUUUAAUUAAUGCACUUUAAUAAGGUGGAAUGGAAAGAAACCCAGAGAGCAAAGUGCAUUACUUAAAGAUGCAGUAUAUACUUUUCUCAUUUUUUAAGCAGCACAUAUUUAUUGAAAGAAGAAAAAAAGUAAUUUAUGAUUAUUUAAAAUAAAAUUUAAAAGUAGAGUGACUGUCGGGUUCAAGGACCUUCCACGUAGCAAUCUUCCAGGGGGAGGGCCCCAGCGGCCUCACUCCUCAGAUGUCUGCACUGAGCCAAUUCGAUCCUAACGUGACAGCCAGGCCAGGAAGGAGUGCAGGACGCAUCUGCCAAGCACAGAGCAUCUCAGUUGGACUGGACCACAGUGCUCCCCAGAGCCUGCCUUCCCCUGCCCUUCCUCACUGUCUGUACUGCCCUAUGGGGCUCUAUUCUACCACCACCAGCGCCCACAUUCCCCUGCCCCUCGGGGACUCUCAAUCCUUGAUCCCCAGUGCUCUAAGUGAUGGUCAUUAAAAGUGACCUCAAAGGUCACUCCGUCCCAUCCCCUCCUGUGAUUACAGCACAAGAACAGGAAGUGACUCCCAAAAUCACGUAGCUACGUUUACUGGCAGACCUCCCCACGGCAUCCAUCCUGGCACUCCUACCCCCCCCCCCCGCCCCCCCCUUGAGCUUAUUGUGUGGUCAUCAUGUUUACAUUGGGACAUCCAGCCCCGGGGAUGGCUGGGAGUUGCUCAGGCAUCCUGGGAAAGUGGGGAAUGCUGCCACCUGGUGACAGCAUGGAGAUUUGGGCAGCGAACAGGGAUUGCCAUGUCCCAUCUUUGCCUCUCGCCCCCUCACCAUCACCCCAUAAUUCACAGCACAGCACAAAUCCUGCAAACCGAAAGAGAAUAUUAAUACUUGAAUCAUCAAAAGGGUGCAUGCCAGUCCCUCUCAGACACGGCUAGGCGAUACCAGGCCUUGUGCCCCUGGACCCCUAGCCCUUAUCCAGGGCAAGAGGGCCUUUCCUUAGAGCUACUGAGCUGCUUUGUGAUGUCGGAGGGUACUGCUGGCAGCAGGUGGAGGAGGGAGGGGCCUGGGGCUCAGACCCAUCUGGAGGAAAACCAGAUCGGCCUAAAAAAGGAAAAAGAAAAAUGAAAUCUCAGCAGUGUCCAAACCUAGUUUUCCAUUAGUUACGAUUAAAAAUGUGAAAUGACAUUGUGUGGCUGUAUACUGCAACUUUAAUCAUAAUGAGCCCUUCUGAGGUCAUUAUUGAGGUUUAUAUAAUGCCUGAAGAUGCAUCAUUGGUGCUUUUUUUGUUGUUGAAAGACUUUUUCUUUUAUGGGUUUUAUGGGGGGGGGGGGAUGUCUUCUUCCCUCCCCCUUUAUAACAGCGGGCCUGGCUGGGCUUCCUGGCCCUGCCAUGCUGUUUCCCCUAGGCUAAGGGACCACAGGGGCGGCAAGAGGGAGCUGGGGGUGGGGGGUGACUCCGAACAGCAGGUGUGCCAUUUGCUCCUAGCUGUGGCCGGGCCCUGCCUUGCCGGCCCUUGGCCCCCAUCCACCCUGAACCUGGCCCCAACAGCUUCUCUUUGUUCCUCCUCCGUUCUCCAUUAUUGACGAAGGCAUUAUAUAGGAUCAUUUUAAUCACUUUCAGAUGUUAGAGCAGCAUAUUUUACUGGCAUUUAUCCAUCGCUUUCCUCAGCAAGGCAUGUUACUACCCUUAUCAUCUAAGGAAAAAAAGACAAGGGAAUUUCGGUCAAGCAUUAUUUUCCUAUUACUAGUAUUUGCAGAGUAGAUGUAGAACUAUUUAAGUUUAGACCUUGGUUUGGUAGUUUUUUGUUUUGUUUUUUUAAGGGGAAAAAAAGAUAAGGUAACCCCUACUUUUCCUGUUUUUGUAUUUAACUAAUAUAUUAUUUCUUUAAGGUUACUCACUUCCCCUAUUCCCUUCAAAUACUUUGCAUUCUCAAUCGAAAAUGAAAACAAUCUGAGAGACAGGAAACGUGCAAUAUUACCAAGAGGGAUGCCAGGGUUUGUGAGGACAGGGACGGGAGACCCGGUGGCCCAGUCUGUCCAUAGAGGGAGGCGGGGCUGCUGGGAGAAGUGGGAGCUGUGGAGCAGACAGGUGGUCCAGGUUAUUGAUCUUUGUCCUUCCUCUCCUGUCCCCCUUCCCUGGCAAGGUGUCAGGGUCCCCGCCAGAGGACAGCCCCUUUUGCUGUUGGGUGUCAUCCACCCACAAGAAAGGGAUUCAGGGAAGUAGCAUGGGGCUCUUGACCUCAGAGCAGAGCAAGGACAUCCAGGAACGGUUCCUUGUUUUCAUUUCCAUUGUUUCCAGCCAGCUGUCCCGAAAGUCACUCACCAGCCCUUGCUUGCCCCAGCCUCCUGAUGUUUGGGCCGUGAUCCUUUGGAUGUAUGUUUGAGUCUUUUCUAAAACUACGUAACCUCAGUUCAGUUCUUGGGCAGGAACCCUAGAUGUAACCAAAUCCUUUUUCGGGGGAGGUGGGUGCCUUCAGCCCUGCGUAUCCCUGUGAGACACCAAUUUCCACAAGCCUGCAGCUGGGCCUGGUGCUGACCUGGGCCACCUGUUCAUCUCAGUGACUCCAGCCGAGGGGUGAGCCCUGCCUCUGCUCAGCACCCCAACGCUCGGUGCCCAGAGGGUCUCGGAAGAGCAGCCGAGGGGCCUACCCAGGUCUCUGCAGACAGAACCGCCCACAACAGGUAUCAAAGGGGCCUCCUCCUAGGUUGGCACAGGCAGAGGAAGCAGCAGGGUGGGAGGCCUCUGGGUUCCAGCCUUUGGAGCCCUGCUCCUCGGCUCCGGGGACGCCCUGGCCGGCUUGUCCCCUCCACCUGCAGUACUGUACGCUUGCCGUCCCACCCCGUUUUAGUGCGUUUCUGUACAAACAUGGAUCUGUGUGCCAAGUGGACUGUGCCCCAUGUGUGGGCCUCUCCCCUUGGCGUGUCUACAUCUUUGUCCAACCUUUGAAAAUCUUGACGCAGAGCUCUCUGGAAAAGAGAACCAUCCACAUAACGAAUUAAGAUUCCCUCACUUUUUUGAGGGCUGUGUGUUGAGGGAGUGUUAUGUAUGCACCUGCUUGCGCGCGCGCGUGUGUGUGUGUGUGUGUGUAUUGAUUUCCCACUGGAACGAAGUAGAAUGGGGUUAGAGAAAACUAGCGGGCAUGCUGUCUCCAUUGUACAGUCCUUGGCAUUGGGCAGGCCCCACGGGACUCACAGCUUCUGGCAGCAAGUGUGUUGAUUCACACACGUAACUCUGGCUGGAGAGUGCAAUGUGUCUUUUUUUUUUUUGUAAUUAUUUUAAGUAUUUAGUUGGAAACUUCACACUGGCAUUAACAGAUCUAGCAGAAGCAGCCUAGGCCAUCGUCCCAGCUCCCAAAGUUGUGGAAAAGCAUGCUGUGCUGUGCGGCAGGCCGACUCCCACCCAUGGCCAUGCAUGUCAUCAUCGGGGGGGGGGGGGGGGGGGGGUCGGCCCUCAGCUCUUGUUUGUGAGGAUGACCAGGGCGAGAACUCGCUCACAGUGAGCUCAGCAGACCUGCACGUGUGUGUACAUCAGCACCUAUCUAGACCUGGGGCCCGGACACUCGAUGGGACUGGUGUGAAGGGUUCCCCCAUGACCUUACUGAGAUUUCUGCCAAAACCAUGGUCCCUGUGUGGGGCAGCCUCUGUGGUUCUCAUGCUCUGUGACCAGGGAAGGAUGGGGUCAGUGACCUAUUGCCUUAUUUCAGGAAAAGCAACCCCACUGAUGUGAGCUUCCCUCCUGUUUUGUCCUGUGCACCUGGGCUCUCGGACAAGAAGUUGGGCACAUGGGUGCUUGUAGACUGGGCAGGCCUGGUCCCAACCUGCCUGUAAGGUUGAGAUUGCCAUGCGAUCCUCCUGACCCAUUCCUGUCUUUCUAAUCUUGAGUUUGCACUUGACCUUGACAAUCACCCACCCGAGUCCUAGAACUUAGUGGCCUUAGAGAAUGGGUUCCUGUGCUAAAGGGUCCCUCCUCUGCACUCCCCGUUUCAUCCUGGCUAAUGGGGCUGGACUUCAGGAGGCGAGAGAGAGGGGUAAAGAAUUGUCUUACAGCAAAAGGAUGGAUCGAGCAUGUUGGAGGCGAGCAAGAGGCAUGUCGGCAAGAUGAGACUGUGCAUGUGUGGCUUGGUUGGGUGUCUGGAGCUGACUGUCCGUCUCUGGGAAGGUGGCUUCCAGGAGAGGGAGUCUAGAAAGGGGAACGUGUGAGAAGGCAGAGAGAAGGUUUGGAGUCUUGUCUAUUAGAAAGAAGGAAGAAGUUGGUUCUGAGUGUUUCAGGAAGAGAGCAGGUAGGGAGGGAAUUUAGUGAUUCAACACACACAGGGUCCAGCCAGACCAGGUUGGAAAUAAGGCUGGAGAGGAAACGCUACUUGCUGUGCCACAAGCUGGGUCCCUAGCAGGUUCUUCAUGAACGGUCACUCUGUACUCAGUGGAGAGUAAGUCACCAGCAACAACUUGUAUUUUGAGUUUGGAGGUCCUGGCUCCAGAAUUGUCAUCUAUCUCCCAGGUUCCCCACUGGUUUUUCCCACCUUUUGUCUCAUCCACAGCUGACCUCUCAUUGUUUAAAUCGAAGACUAGAGACCAAAUGGGUCAUGUAGUUGGAGACCCACCAUCCCCAAACGGGAACCUCCGGGUCCAGGUACCAUCAGGCCCCUCUGGAGGAAGACAGCCUUCUUGGUUCUUAGGUGUCUCUGAUGGUGCCUGUGGUUGUUCAGUUGGCUGAGCCUGCCCGCUGGUGUGACUUAGCAGACGAGGUGAGGGGGGCUGUUCUAGUGCACACUCAUCCAUGGAUGUGCCCUUUCAUGUUUAGUGGCCUGUGACCAGGACACACUGCUCUCAAGUGUUUAUUUCGGAGAAAGGAGGGUAAGCAGCCGCCGUUCUUGAAUCUGCAUCUUGUUCUCUGCGACAGGUUUUCUUUAAGUGCAGGACACAGGAUGGGAGAGGGUUUCGCGGCCAGUGACUGAGAGGUUCGCAGGAGGGUGACCCGUGAGUGGCAGGUCCCUGAAGUGUGGGUUUGUGGACUGCAUGGUUGCAUGUGAACUUGGUGCCUCAGCUCCAGAACUCGGGGGGGACUUCUCAGAGUUAACCCUCCUCCCACCCCCAGAUCAUAGUGGGCACUGUGGGGGUCUCGUUGUUUCCUUCCCCCCACCCCCCUCAGCAGAGAAACUGAAGGAAAGGACAUUAAAUUGAAUGCAGUCUAUUUGAGCACUAAAAAAUUUCCAGGAUCAACGGUGGUGCUAAACUAUCUCCAUGUUUCUGUUGUUUUUAACAGUGGGGUGUUUUUAUUGUUCUCAUCACAAAAAUGCAGUGUCCUUGGGGAAGGGAUCCAGCCCCUCGGCCUUACCUUCCCAGGUGUCCUUUAUCGUUUUGACGGGACUCUUUGGUCUGCAGAAAUACUAUGACUUGGCAUGCUUCUAGACUGUAAGAUUUGGGUUGUUUUGUUUUGUAUUUUAUGUUUACAUGCAUCUUCUUGUAUUUCCCUGAAAAUUAAAUAAAGUUUUUGACCUUUCUAACUCAA